UUGCUAAAAACCGAAAGAGGGGAGCGCCUUUACUUCUCCCUCACAUUAUCACUCUCUUUCGAGGUUACGUAGCAUUUAUAUUUUGUUCAAGAAUAAGAGCGAUAAAAGGAAGCACUUUGGGUGGUGCUGACUGCUGAGAUACUCUAGCUUGUGAGGUAAUGGCUCGAGAUGGGAUAUUGAAGGUGGCGAUCGCUGUUUUGUUCGUCGGUGUCGCUGCUGUGAGCCUCGGAGGGAGCUUGGUUGGAGCACAAGUGUACCACGUUGUCGGAGCAGACCGCGGCUGGGAUCCAUCCUCGGACCUUGCUUCUUGGUCCUCGGACAAAACAUUUAGGGCCGGAGAUAAGAUGUGGCUAGCCUACUCCACGGCGCAUGGGUACAUAGCUGAAGUGAAGAGCAAGGAGGAAUUCGAGUCGUGCGAUGUAACAAACCCAAUCAGGAUGUUCACGGACGGCCUGGAUACCAUCUCAAUGGACAAGGAAGGACUCCGCUACUUCGCAAGUAGUAACGUCGAGAGCUGCAAGAAUGGCCUUAAACUACACGUGGAAGUUAUGCCUCAGUCAUAUCAAGCUCCUGAAAUGCACAACACCAACGUGGCGGAAUCAGAGGGCCCUGCGUUGGUUGCAGCUAAUGGGCCCACAACCCCUUCUGGUUCGGCCCAUCUCACUGCAAGCUUCAUGGUGUUGUCCGUUGGGUUGCUUUGUUAUGUAUUGGGUUUUAGAGUAAGUAGUAAUUAAUUGAUGUGUGUUAAUUAUAAUUUAGUAAGAGAGUGAGGAUUGGUAUGAAGAAUUGGAUUUUGGUUUUAUUAUUUGUAGAAUAA